AUGAUAGAUGUUAUAUCUACGAACGAGUGGCUUAGUCUUGCUCUUCUGGCAAUGGAAGUCAGUCAAAUGUUGAUUCAAGGAAUGUGGGAGUAUCCAAACAUUGAUGUGAUGUAUGAGGUGUUGGAUGGUGAUACUGUGCGAGCUGGAGAAACUGUUGCCUUGCUGGCCUCCCUUCAAAGGGAUUUGGAUGGAAGAUUGGAGGAGGAAGUGGGGCCUGUGCAUGCCCUAAGAUAUUCUGAAGCCAAAGAAGAAGAUGGUGGCUGGUAA